GACGCGUUCUUGAUUUAUUAGUGCGUAUUUGUUUUUAUACAGUACAUUUGAACAGUUUUUAUAAGUAAUAACAACAUUAUUUUAACGGCUCUAUUUAAGCAUGUCGGUUCUCUUUUUGGAAACCUAAGUAAAAUAAAUCUGCUACUUUAUACACAGACUCUAGAAUCAGGCUGUGAAGUGGGACUUGUUGAACUAUGCCCUGUCGAGUCAUCAGCGUUACACUGCUGCUCUCUGCUGGGAUACUGAUUGAUCUGAUUAAAGGCGAUGGGUUUACUGAAGAAAUUAAGCCCCCAGACUGGAGAAAGACCUUAAAAUCCAUCCGGAAUGGGGUUCAUAAGAUAGACAAGUACCUUAAUAUGGCUUUGGAUUUUAUCGGAGGUUCAGACGGACGGUGUAUUUUUAAGUGCAACGACGGCUACACACAGGUUCCUCGUCCCAAUUACAAAUUACCUCCACCGAACGGAUGCGGCUCCCCUCUGUUUGGAUUUCAGAUUGAUAUUGGGAUUCCAUCUAUGAACAGAUGCUGUGAUGAGCACGAUCUGUGCUAUGAUACUUGUGGGAGGGAGAAAAAUGACUGUGAUGAGCAGUUCCAGGUCUGUCUGGAGUCCAUCUGUAGUAAUUUACAAAUGACUCUGGGCUUGUCCCAAAGUGUUCAAGCCUGUGAAUCAGCAGUGACUUUGCUCUUUGAUACUGUCAUGCACUUGGGAUGCAAGCCUUACCUGGAUAGCCAAAGAUCAUCCUGCAUUUGCCAAUUUGAUGAGAAGAAUGAUCUGUGAACAGUUAAUAUAUUAAUGUUGACGUUUGAUUUCAUGUUUUGGUCUCAGGGUGAAGCAAGACACAAUACAAUUAGUUUCUUUGCUUUGUAUGUGUUCAUUGCAAUAUCAAAGAAAACUGAUUUUUAAUUACACAAGUUAAAUUAUUUAAUAUGAUUAUAAAUAUAUACUGAUGUGCCUUUAUUACACAAACACACACACACACUACAUGUAUAAAGAUUGUAAUAUGGGAUAUUAUUGUGUUAUUGGAUAAAAUAAAGAUUUUUUUAACCCCAAAGCA